AUGUCCGUCCUCACGCUCACGACCACGCUCACGACCACCAACGCACACACGCACACGCUCAUGCUCAUGCCCACGGCGCCCGGAAUGAUUCCGUCAGCAACCGUCCCGAUCAGCCAGCACAACCACAGCUAUCUUCAACAGCAGUCUCCCUUCCGCAUCCGCGACUCGACCACCACCGCCCAGCAACACCUCCGUCAAGCCUCCGCCGGCCGGCUUUGGAAUCCUACCAACUCGACUCCGCGCUUCCUGCUAGAGUCUCCUCCCCGACGAAGACGUCCUUCCACUCCCCCGCCGCCUAAUUUUCCAAUCCCGUAUCCCGCUCUCGACGUCUCCCUUCCAUCCGUCAACCUCGGUGGCGCGCUUGCCAUAUCCGGAGACACCCCUUUAUUAACCCUUUCGGAGCAGCGAGACGGCAGGAAUAGUCCUGGCGGCGCCCCACGGAAUAGCCUUCAGAUUGGCGGGGACAGGAUCAGCCUACCCCGAUCUGUGAGGCACUCGUACGACGAAAAGCGGAAGAGUAAGGGCACCCUCACCCCGUCGCCGACAUUCCCCGAGGAGACAGGCGAGGAGGAGGUCGAAGCAGGUCCGUCGACAAGACCAUCUCGGGCGGUGCUGGAGGUGGACGCUGCGCAAACCGGACCGGUCCAACGGCUAAGACGGCGCGACGAGCGAAUCAACCCGCACGUGACGGUCACCGAACUGAGCUCCCAGUCCAGCUCUCAGAAGCUCGACAAGGGCAAAGGCAAGGCAGUCAUGACGGCCAGCGACGAGAACGAGCAGCAACAACAACCGACGUCCUUUGAUCGGGAUCUCGAGCGAGGGCCAGAAGAUCAUGAGCGCCGUGAUUCGACAGGCUCAAUAGGAGACGGCAUAGGAUCGGCCAUCUCGUCAAGCAACUCCUCCAUACUGGGCGACCCCGACGAACAGGCCGACGAUGAUGAGUGGGGACCUCAACACCCGUGUUUUCCACACCUGAACCCUCAUGUGCCGGUCGACUCCCCGGAGUACGUCAACACUCGGAUCAUCAGGAUAAAACGGGACUGGCUGCUCGAAGGCGACCUUGCGCCGACAUUCUCCAACAUGUAUCCGGAGAUCCUCGACCCGGCUGGUCUGUCUGAGGUCGAGUUUCGGCGGGUCAUCGACAAGCUCAACUCGGAACUUGUUCCGAUUUUCAACCCAUAUAACCCCAGAAAUAUUGUCGAUGGUUUCCUCGGUCUUGUGACGGGAUGGUUGUGGGAAGAUUUCGGUCUCACGGGCGCGAAAGCUAGGCUUGCCAGGCUGGAACGAUGGCUCGAGCGGUGGAACAAGGAGAUGGAAAAGACAGCUGGUGGGGACGACAACAUUGUGCCGCCCAAGAUCGUCCCACUGAGGCAAACGGCUUACAUGACGCUUGACAUCCAAAUCUUUGACCCUGAGAUUCUCCCCGCGCAGAGCACGAGGGGCACGGAAUCCAGAGGGAACGAUAGCCUGCCAGCUGAGCCCGGGCCUGCUGUGACGGCGGACUGA